GCAGGAUGCCGCUUUGGGCGCCCGCGGGCGGCGGGUGGGCGGCGCGGGCGGCGCAGACGGGGCUCAGCUGGGGCGUCACGGCGGGGCUGUUUCUGCACGGCACAGAUCUGCAGAGGCAGAUUGAACAGGGAGAUCUUCUUCAACCUUUUUUGUUCAUCUCGCUGGUUCUCUGUUCUGUCAUCCUCUAUUUUGUGGUGUCUCUCAUGAAUCCAGGCUACGUUGAGGACAACGAGGAUGAGAAGGGCCCACCGGACGGAGAUCAGAAAGCCACGCUGUUCCCGCAGGUUCCCAACGUUCGUCUCAGGCGCUGCGGAUACUGCAUGGUGAAGCAGCCUCUGCGAGCCAAGCAUUGCCAGGCCUGCCAGCACUGUGUCCACCGCUUUGACCAUCACUGCCCUUGGAUUGAGAACUGCAUUGGGGAGAGGAAUCACCCCCUCUUCGUACUGUAUUUGGGGGUGCAGCUCGGCGUUCUGCUCUGGGCUCUGCAGGUGGCUUGGUCAGGCCUGAAUUUCCAGCAGUUUUCCUGGGCGUGGCUGCAGCGCAACCUUGUCCUCCUCCUCUCCUUCCUCUUGAUCAUCGUCUGCACCGUGGUUGCGAUGCUGCUGCUGGCCUCCCACCUGUACCUGGUGUCCUGUAACACCACCACCUGGGAAUUCAUGUCCCGCCAUCGCAUUUCCUACCUGAAACACUGCAAGGUGGAGAACCCCUUUGACCAAGGGGUCUUCGUCAACCUCUGGAGAUUCUUCUGUGCAUGUCGUCUCAUGGCGUGGGAAAAACUGUACCCCACAGAGGAAAGCGACUUAGUGUGAUGGCAGGAGGCUUUCGAGAGAUGGGUCGGGCGGUUUGGUUGCUGAGGUCACAACGGAAGCUUUGGAGAUGACGCGGAAGCAGCAGAUCGUCAUCCCAAUUCAAAGAAGGGCCUUUUUCCUGUUCCAUCACCUCUUCUAACCAAAGCCUAAAAUCUGAUGGGUUGGGUUGGGGUCAGCCAGUCAGGGAUCCUAACCAUAAUGUUGGAGAUCUAGCUCCUUUUCAGCCAACUGGGCAGCUGCUAGAGAGAAAAACCAAAGGGGGCAUACGGCGUCAGCACAGGAAGAAGAAAUUGCAGGCAGCCAAACAUUAAGAGGUCCAGAGCCCCCCGCUUGAAAUACUACAAGGUGGAUUUUAGCAGGAUGUUUGUAUCAAAUUAAUGCCAGAGACAACAGGUGCUCCUUGGAAGUCAGGUGUUUUUCCUAAGCAAAUAACAAGGCAGCUUCACAUGGUGCCUUGGGACAGAGCCAGAAGAAAAAUGGUUUUAAUCCAACACUAAUUUUAAUAAAAAACCAGUGUUUGGAUGGAA